CAAAUAUUGAUCUUAUAUCAAAAAUAUCCCAAUACUGAAAACACACGAUUACGAAUCCAAAUUCGUCCCUGUUGCAUUAGGUAUUUCAAUUUUUAAUCUUUCUAUCAUAGUUCAUAUACCAUAGUGUUUUAGUGAAUUAUUGUAAUCCACAAGACAAUUAAAGUUAUUACUUUAUUAGUUAUAAUUAUCAAGUGACUAAUUACGCUGACUUGUCUAUUUGUGUAUCUUAUUGUGGCCGUUAGUGUUAUUGAGUAUACCUUUUAACUUAAUCUGAAAAAUACAAAAUGUCGCACACCAUACUGUUAAUCCAACCUGGUAGCAAACCAGAAACAAGAACAUAUUCCGAUUAUGAAUCUGUUAAUGAUUGCAUGGAAGGUGUUUGUAAGAUCUAUGAAGAACAUCUGAAGAAAUUAAAUCCAAAGUCUGUGUCUAUUACAUAUGACAUAACUCAGCUGUUUGAAUUUGUUGACCAUUUAGCAGAUCUUUCAUGUCUAGUGUAUCAAAAAAGUACCAUGACAUAUGCCCCAUAUAACAAAGACUGGAUAAAAGAAAAGAUAUAUGUCCUUCUCAGAUGUCAAGCCAAUCAACGUCAAUAAACAGUAUGAAUUAAAUGGAAUGUUUUAUUAAAAUAUGAGGCUGUUUUUUCCUUGUUGACCAUUUAGAAGUAUAAUUGUAUAAAUACACCAACUAUAAUGUAAUAAUGUGGGUUGACCAUAAACAGUAUACAAGUUAUUCAUAGUAAUUUGACAAAUAUUCAUGAUCCUCAGAACUUCCUUUACUUAAUAAAAAUAAUAUUUAAAUAUGUAAUUUAAUUUUUAUUAUUUGUGACUAUUUGUGUUUACUAACUUUGUUUAAUGUUUUACUUCAAUCUCAUUAUAUUGACAGUUUUGGAAUA